UCGUAUAUUUUGAUCGUCAAUUUCUCCUAUUGGAAUAUUUGUAUAAUUAAAGUCUAAAAGUAGUAAAAAACAUAUUAAAUAUCACGCUAAUCAUUUUUCUUAAUACAUUUAAAUAUGAUUAUACAUAAACAAGUAUUGCAUUAGAGAUUGAACUGUAAAGGUGUUAUGGAAAGUGCUAAUCAUGAAAUACUUUUGUGUCAUUAUUGUUUUAUGCAUUUCUUCAUGUGAAAGCCAACUAACAACAUCCGAUAAAACAGAAAGUCGUUCUUUAUUGAAGGGUAGUUCAUUAUCAGAACAGAAAUUAUGGAAUAUAAAACUUGAUAUUUACUUCUCCAAGUCGCUUCCUCCAGUUUUACAGAAAGCUAUAGGAGCGAAUGUACGAUUUAAAUGUGAAGCUAUAUUGAACUUUACAAAAGUUGAAAGAUACAUGAAGAACAAACAAGGCAUAGAGACAUCUUUGAAGGAGUCACCACCAGAGCACAUACAGCAGACACUCAUGAAUAAUGUUAAAGUUUACUGGUUAAAGGACAAUAAACUAUUAUUAGAUGCACAUAGAGUAAAUAUUUCAACUAAAAUCGAUAUGACAAAUGGGACUAUAGGCACUAAUUUGACAAUAAAAGAUGUACAGUAUGAAGAUAAAGGAAACUACACUUGUGUUAUAAAACAAAAUUAUGAAAAGAAACAAACAUCUGUACUGAAAAUUAUAAAAGAUACAGAUAUUUAUGAUAAACUUGAAAUACCUACUUAUACACCAUUAUUUCCUAAUUCUAAUAAAUUAAAAGAGUUAGAAAUUGAUGUUAAAACAACUCCUGACUUAAUAUCAGAAAGUAUGCACUCUCAAACUACUAAUAGAACCAAAUUACCAACUAAUUCUACUGCUACAAUGCGAAAAUUAGAACCAAUUUGUCAAGAAUAUGUAGGUAAAGUAUGUACCCUACAUUUAAAAGGUCAAUUUGUUUACAUUCCAUAUGAUACCACACAAACUGAAAUUGAAGAUAAACUUGGCAAAGCUUUGCAAGUUACAAGAUACUCAAAUGAUAUUAGCUCAAAUUGUGAGGGGUAUGCCCUACCUAGUCUUUGCUAUUCAACAUUUCCUAUAUGCAGGGAUCCUUUGCUAACCAAUGAUAACUUUUUCAAGGAAGCUAAAAAAAUUUAUAGCUUGCUAUCUACUGCAAAUGCUUCUAAUUAUGAAUACAAUAUACCUGAAAUUAUAUUUGAAAAUUUACCUCAAGGUGUUCUGCCACAAAUGAAUAAUAUUUUCAACAAAAAUGUAACCAUUGAAAUGUUGAACUACCGUUACAACUCUACUGUACUUAGACGAGUUUGCAAACAAGAUUGUGAAAUAUUAGAAAAUGAAUUGUGUCAAACAGAAUAUGCUAUUGCUAAAAGACAUCCUCAUAUUGGCCAACAAUUAACACUAGAAGAUUGUCAAGAUUUGCCUGAAGUGGAUCCAGAGUGUCUUAAAAUAGGUAUAGGUACAGUCAUGGUUUCUGAUGAUGAAUGUUAUUGGGAAAAUGGGAAUGGAUAUCUUGGUCGAGUCAGUGUUGCAGAUAAUGGAAUGGCUUGCAUUGAAUGGUCUAAACAAAUGCAUGUUCGGGUUUCAGAUUACCCUGAACUUGCUGGUAGACAUAGUUACUGUCGAAACCCAGCUGGAAUAAAAUCUCAGCCUUGGUGCAUUGUAGAAAAGGAUGGAAAAACUGACAAGCAACUCUGUGACAUUCCAAAAUGUGCACACAAAAUUUGGAUUUAUAUUGUUGUUAUUUUCUUCAUACUCACUUUGUCAAUUAUUGCUUUUAUUAUUUGCCUUUGCCAUAGACACAGAAGCAAAGGAACUGCUGCUACAAUAAGAGACAUUAAUCUACCCAAUGCUGAUAAAAAUAUCUAUGGUAAUUCUCGACUGAAUUCUCCUAUUGAAAUGAAUGAGUUAUUAACAAACCAAAAUAUCAAUAAUCAACCACACUUAACUCGAAAUACCCGCGGCAAUGGUAUUCUUCGAAUUCCUCACUAUUCUCUAACACAAAUUAAGUUUUUAGAAGAAUUAGGGGAGGGUGCAUUUGGUAAAGUGUACAAAGGAGCACUGAAGAAAAAUGGAGAUACUCAAUAUGUAGCUGUAAAAGCUUUAAAAGAAAAUGCAUCUGCUAAAACUCAAGCAGAUUUUAGAAGAGAAAUUGAUUUAAUCUCUGAACUCACACAUGAAAAUAUAGUUUGCAUUGUGGGAGUAGCACUGAGGGAAGAACCAUUAUGCAUGUUGUUUGAAUUUAUGGCUCGGGGAGAUCUUCAUGAGUUUUUAAUGGGAAGGGCACCACCGUCUGGCAAAGGUCUACCACCUAUGAGAUUAUUGAAUAUUGCGCAUAAUAUUGCAUCUGGAAUGCAAUAUCUGGCAUCACAUCAUUAUGUUCAUAGAGAUUUAGCAGCUAGGAAUUGUUUAGUUUCUGAUGACUUCAUUGUAAAAAUAUCCGAUUUUGGACUAUCAAGAGACAUUUACAGUUCAGACUAUUACAGAGUACAAUCUAAGAGUUUGUUACCAGUAAGGUGGAUGCCACCAGAAUCUAUUCUUUAUGGUAAAUUUACAACAGAAAGUGAUAUUUGGUCCUAUGGAGUUGUACUCUGGGAAAUAUAUAGUUAUGGACUGCAACCAUAUUAUGGAUACAGUAAUCAAGAAGUAAUAUCAAUGGUUCGUGGGGGCGAGUUGCUAGCUUCACCAGCUACUUGUCCACCUCCUAUGUAUACACUUAUGAGAGAUUGCUGGAAACAUACACCCCAGAGACGCCCCAAUUUUGAAGAAAUUGUUAAUAGGAUUCAUGAAUGGAUUCAAAUGGGUGGUUGCCCUGACAGUGGGCCGUCUGAAUCUGGAAGCUCGUGUGGACACAGGCCUAGUGCAUCAAGUAGAGAUUUACAAGAGAAAGUACCACUCUUGCCACCACAUUGUUCAUCGUCUAACGGCUCUCUGACUACAGGAGGGAGUCUUAAAAAGUUCAGUGUAGCUGGUUCCAGCUCAAAAGUUGCCGAUGACAAUUGUUCCACAUGCAGUGAAGUGCCCCCUCUUGCACCUAAGUUAAAAAAACAUAGCGCUGGAUCUCUUAUAGAUACUGAAAGAGUUGGAAGGGACACUGUCAUCCGGAUACCAAAUACACAGCAUGGUAAUGAAAUAUAGUCUUCAUUAGAUCAUAUCCAGAAACAAUAGAUAGAAAAUAUUUAUGUUUAGCACACAUCUCAUAUUAUUUGUAUAACGUCGUAACUUGCCUGUUAAGAUGUAAUUUACAUAGUUAUAUAAUUACGUCCAAGUUUCAUCCCGUCGAUUGAUGUUUGAAAGAAACGUCAUCACAAAAAUAUAGCAUAUUUAUUACACUAUCAAUAUAUAUAUCAUUUACUCAAUUGGAGUGUAUAAUCGUCAAAGCCAGUGAAUAAGACGACUGUUUCUCUGUUACAUUAUCUCUACAUAAACAGCUGUUUUAUAAAUCCUUAUUGAUAUUGUUUGUAGGAUGAAUUUACAUUACUCAUCCAAUAUAUUAAAGUACAUUUCAAUGGUUAGUGUUUAAUUAGUUUUUACAAUUAGAUAAGUAACACCUAAAUAUAAUUAAGAUUUUCCCAGACAGCAACAUUUUAAAAUUCCAAUUAAUAUUUUGUUUUUCACCAGAGAUGAAAAGACUUGCCUAACUAAUAAACUUUAAGUUAUUCUUCAUUAAUAUACUAUUAUUUUAGUAUCAUAUAAGUUUAGAGUAAUAUAUAGACGAUAUUUUAGGUGUAGCAAAAACUCGCAGUUGUAUUUAUACCACUUUACAACAAUAAGGGGAAGCUACCUUCAGUACUGAAGAUUUUUUUUUAUUUACAUAAAAUUCAAGUAUUUAUUUAAAGAAACUGUCUUAUACUUGCAUGUUAAUUACUAUUAGUCACUAUAUAGGUAUAUUUUGUCAUCUGGUACACUAAUUUCUAUUGCGGUGACAGACAUAAAUCACUAAAAUAUAGGUAAUUUAUAAACUAUAAUGUACUAUUAUACAAAAAUAUAUAUUCAAUUGUUCUCUAGCAGCAUAUGCCAAAAUGUGAGCUAUCACACAUUACACUGUAUGGAUUAUACGUGUAUUUCAUUCAUAUGUUUAAAACUGUAUAAAUUGUACAAUACAAAAUCAAGCUGUCGGUCUACUCAGGAACCUACUGACAAUCAAAUAACAUUGGAUUGGGCCA